AUGUCAGCCCGAUGGAGUGAGAAGAAAACUGUAAAGUUUGUGAAAUUAUACCGCGAAAACGAAUGUUUGUGGAACGUAUUAAACCCGGAUUAUCGCAAUCGUGAUGCCAGAAUCGCAUCAAUUCAGGAUAUAUUGACCAAGAUGGCCAUACCAAACUUUACAGCAAAAGAUGUCACAAAGAAGAUCAAGGCUUUGAGGUCCACUUAUUAUUUAGAACUUGCUAAAAUUGAUAAACGACAAAACUGUGGCGCUGGUAGGGAAUAUGCUUACAGAACUUCUCUUCCCUGGUUUAGCGAUAUGGAUAGUAUAAUACAAGCAUCAAACGUUAAAGAUAGAUCGACACAUACUAAUUUGGCUCCACUUACACUGGAAGUAUUGGAAAUCCCCAAAUCCGAGAUUCCUGAUGACAUACUAACCGAAACAAACACCGAAUCACAUUCUAGACUCAAUCCUGAAGUAUUCCAAGAAUCGUCUUCUAUCACAAAUCAUCAACCACGAUCUGAUUCAAAUCAAAGGUCCGAUAUGAAUUUAUUUUAUGGUGAAGAAUUUUUACAAAAAGAUUGGAAUGCGACAAGCGAUUUACUUUCCAGUGCAGAUGAAUCGAUUCACUCACCAACUGCUAAUAGGAAAACUGAAAAUGACCACAAAAAGACUGUUAAAGGUCAGAAAGAAAAGUUGGAUUUAAUAGCUAAUGCUAUGAAUGAAUUUAAAUUUCUCCAUAAGCAUUUUGCAGUAAAAGAGGAAGACGAGUGUGAUGUAAUGGGAAAACAAAUUGCUUUUCAGUUACGCGACUUACCGAAAUUCCAGCGUAUUCACGCAAAUUUGGUAAUCUUAAAAGUACUUAGCGAUUUUCAGUUGAACAAUAUUGAAUCACAGUCAUCAUCUGAAUCAUGUCAGUCGCAAAUAGGUGUUCCAACAAGUAAUGAUUCUAAUAGUGAAAAUAAAAUUAAGGAUGUCAAAGCAAACUGUGAUUUUAGUAUCUGGAGCAUAGAUUUUUCUAAGAUAAAAUUAAAUAAAGAUUAA